AUGAGCGCACCAACACACAACCAAAAGAAUUUACCAGCUAAAGACGUCAAGAAAUUGAUUGUUAUCUUGGAGCAUGCUACAUUGGAGACUGUCAAGGUUAGAGAUAGUUAUCAAUUACUCAAUUGUGAUGAUCAUGUAGAGUUUUUAAAGAAAUAUAAGAGAGAAGCUUCUGAAGCUCGUCCAGAUAUUCUUCAUCAAUGUUUACUUGCAUUAUUUGAUAGUCCAUUAAACAAAGCAGGACAUCUUCAAGUAUUUAUUAGAACCACCAAGAAUGUAUUAAUCGAAAUCAAUCCACAAACUAGAAUCCCAAGAACCUUUCAUAGAUUUGCAGGUCUCAUGGUUCAAUUGUUAAAUAAAUUAAGUAUCAGAGCUACCAAUGGUCCAGAAAAAUUGUUCAAGGUUAUCAAGAACCCAAUCACAGAUCAUCUUCCACCUGGAUGUAAGAUAUUUUUGACAUCAUUCUCUGCAAGUAAAUGUGUUGAUUUGUUUGAUUGGUGUCCACAAGUAUUUGGAUAUGAUCCAUUACCAGUUAAGCCAGUUACAAAUGAAGCAAAGGAAGACAACAAACCAACUGCAGAGGAAGUUAGAAGUGCAGCUGAAAGUUAUAUCGAAGGUGCUGAAUACGAAGAACCAGCAUUAGAGGAAGGAAAGAAACGUAAAAAGAGUCAACACAUUAUCAACGUUGAGGAAUUAAAGAAACAAAAGAAAACUACCAACGACCAACUCAAUGGUCUCCAAACCGUCGCCAUUGUCAUUGGUGCCUUGUCAACCGGUUCCGUCAACAUUGAUUACAAUCACGAUGAAAUCGCUUUUUCCAAUUAUCCCCUAUCAGCUGCCGGUGCUUGUUUUAAAUUAACUACUGUUUUUGAAAAGCAAUGGGGUAUUCUUUAA